AUGGGGGUCUCACGCGGCCCGCCUGAACUUAAGAAAACAACGAAAACAGGUUCUAACCUUGAUACCGCCCGCGCUGAAAAGGUGCAAGUGACAGAGGAAGUGAUUGGUAUUGAUGAUGACAAUGAUGAUUUGGAUUGGCUAGCGUCACCCAAGGUAGCUGUCAAGAAGGGGAAACAAUGUGAGAAUUCGGUUAUAAAGGAGUUGAGGCUGAAGAAGCAGGAGCUGUUAUCAUUCACCGAAUCAGCCAAAGAUAUUGUCCAAACCAUUGAAGAAACUGUCAAAAGAGAUCUUAAUACCUCGUUAAAUUCUGAAUUUGAAAGUCCUGUUGAGAAACCUUCAAAACCUGCUGUAGAAAGACCAAAAAUAGUUAUAUCCAUCCAAGACAAAGAAGGUUUGAAGCAGUUUCAAACUUACAAGGAUGAUAGGUUUGAGCGGCUUUUUAAAAUGUAUGUUGAUAAGGUGAAGAAUAAGGCAGAAAAUUUAGUAUUCUGUUUCGAUGGGGAUAAAGUGGGCCCCACAGCUACUCCUAUCAGUCUGGAGUUGGAAGAUGAUGAUAUUAUUGAGGUCCACGUAAAGUCAAGUUGAGCCAGGUACC